GCUGUGAAGUGGGACCUCUGUGGCAUCACGCAGUACCGACGAGCAUCACACCGCCAACAUGUAAAGGAAAAGCUGCCUUACACCACUUUCUAAAAGUAGGUGUCCACUGGGAAACUACAGCGGUGUUAAAACGAGUGCGUAAAGUUGACGUUCCGCAGCAGGGACGCGCAAUAAUCUGUGCGUAAAAGUGAGUCAAAGUGGGCAGAAGAAAAACUUCUGUAUGUGGACGAAACGUUUUUUUGUCUCGGCGGCGAUGGGUGCGCCGGUGAGCCUUCGGUGCACAACGAAGAAGCUGACACGGUGAGAGACAGACGCGUCCACCUUAACAGUCGAUGUCUCCAGAGUUUGGCGACAGCGCCGCAGCGGAGCGAAGCGCACAGCGGGUCAGCAGAUGCUGCGCAGUGACUAAGCCUUACGGCUGGGAAGCUAAUGAAUUGAAUUUGUCUGGACUACAGACUUUAUGUAAGAAGUAGGACAAGCACAACGCCGCCCAACUAGUUCUUCCCGUCAUGCACCUUGUUGUAAUGACAGACAUCUGCUCCGAAAGUUCAAUUCUUCACACAGUUGCAGCUGGCUGAUGCCACGACUCCAGCAGGAGUUAGUGGAAAGUCGUGUGGUUUACACCCUUCUUGUCUGCCUCUUCUCGACAUGGAUGAGAGUGUUGGUUGUGCGGCGGCCGACAGCUGCUCGGACGGGGAGAGCAUCAACCUCAGCGUGCUCAACUGGGAGCAAGUGCAGCGGCUGGACACCAUCCUCACCGGCUCCAUCCCCAUCCACGGCCGGUGGAGCUUCCCCACUCUGGAGAUGAAGCCGCGAGACAUCGUCAAGGUGGUCCGCAGCCGCAUGGAGGAAAAGCGGAUACAUGUCCGGGAGGUGCGACUGAACGGCUCCGCGGCCAGCUACGUGCUGCACGAGGACAGCGGGCUGGGAUGGAAGGAUCUGGACUUAAUAUUCUGCGCCGAGCUGAAAGGAGAGAUGGAGUUUCAGAUUGUGAAAGAUAUCGUUCUGGACUGUCUUCUAGACUUUUUGCCAGAGGGAGUGAAUAAGGAAAAGAUCACACCUGUGACCUUAAAGGAGGCGUACGUGCAAAAGAUGGUGAAAGUGUGCAACGCCUCAGACCGCUGGAGUCUCAUCUCCCUCUCCAACAACCGUGGCAAGAACGUGGAGCUCAAGUUCGUGGACUCCCUCCGACGCCAGUUUGAGUUCAGCGUGGACUCGUUCCAGAUCCGCCUGGACUCGCUGCUGCUCUUCUACGAGUGCUCGGAGCACCCCAUGGCUGCCACUUUCCACCCCACGAUUCUCGGGGAGAGCGUCUACGGCGACUUCCACACCGCCCUCGAUCACCUGCGCAAGCGCCUCAUCUGCACCAGGAGCCCCGAGGAGAUCCGAGGCGGGGGUCUGCUGAAGUACUGCCACCUGCUGGUGCGGGGUUUCCGCGCGGCCUCCGACCCCGAGAUGAAACUGCUGCAGCGCUACAUGUGCUCGCGCUUCUUCAUAGACUUCCCCGAUGUGAGCGAGCAGAGGCGGAAGCUGGAGUCCUACCUGCAGAACCACUUCGUAGACCUGGAGGACAGGAAGUACGACUACCUGGCCACGCUGUACGAGGUGGUGCAGGAGAGCACGGUGUGCCUGAUGGGCCACGAGAGGCGUCAGACGCUCAGCCUCAUCUCCUCGCUGGCGUUGCGGGUCCUGGCCGAGCAGAACGCCAUCCCCAACGCCGCCAACGUCACCUGCUUCUACCAGCCGGCUCCUUACGUCUUGGACGGCAACUUCAGCAAUUAUUACGUAGCGCAGGUUCAGCCCAUCUACCCGUGUCAUCCCUUCCUCCCCCAGCGUUACAUUCCUCCUCAGCACCAGCAUCCCAUGUACGGCACCUGGUUACCCUGUAACUAAACUCUGUUUGCGUUCAUGCACUGUUGUGUAGCUGGCGGAUUCCCUUGACAAGGGAUGAACGGUGAUGGUUUGAUCUCUUUCUUGAGGAUGGGAAAUGGAGGGAAAUGAGAGAAGGAAGUACAUGAGGCAAAAUUAGACAGAUAAAAGAAGAGAGUACGCAAGGGACAUGAGGGCAAGGCACCUGGAUCAUGGCAGGGGGCCAGAGAAAAGGCUUUCCCCCGGGUCAGGGUGCCACAGCGGGAGGAGCUGAGCACACAGGGAGAGAUGGCAGCGAGGAUGACGCCUCACUUUUAGGGUUCUCUCAUGGAAGGUCCAUUUAGUGGACCAUCGUGAUGAACACCGGCCUCCGAUGAUAUGUUUCUUGUCUGUUGUGAGUUACGGCUCAGAGGAACUCACAUUUGAAAUGAUUACCAGACACGGGAAACCAAAACUAACUCACAUACAGCCACAGAGAGCCGCAGAGAGGACGUUGUCUGUGUGCACUGCGUUUGCGUGGGACUCCUUUUCACAGACAAUGCAAAAUGAGGAAUUGGAUACUGUUUACAAAUCCAAAGAUCUACUUUGAUAUCUGAAUUCUGAGACAACAACAAAACAAUGCAUGCUUUAUUUCUGUACAGGAAUAAUUUUCUUUAAGUGCCUAGAUAAAGCCUAAAGGGAAGAGGUAUUUUUGUGAUUCUUUAUCUUGUUGGGUCGUCUAAUUGUUCUACUGUACAUUCAUUAUCACCUUGAACAUCAGAGAGUGGACCCAGUAGGGGCAGGUUUUGGAUUUUUUUUGGACCUUGUUUAGCUAAAGACUCUGCAGUAUCGCUCGACGAACACACAUCCUGAUUACCAAAGAGGAAGUAGCAAGAUAAUCUCAUCAUCGGUAGAGAGAGAGGGUGCGGUGGGUGGGUGGAGGUUGAGUCAAAAAUGCUUAUGAGAGUAAAAUAGAUGGUGAUUUUGAGAGAAAUGUGCAGAGAAGGAAUUGGGGGUUGGCAGCAAGAGAGCAAAUGAGAGAGAAUAAACUGCUCAUAUCUGCAGUUCUAUUAUAUUGCCAAAUAAGGCGGUGAAGGGUUAUUCAUCACAUACAAUGUUAUCAUCUGUAAAGAAGUGUAUUUGGAUAUGAGAAAGUUUUGCACCUAAUACAUUUCAAAAUGGCUCUUCAUCACGUGUAGUCAAAAUGUUCUCGUGAAACUGAUUAAUGCAAAGUCAUGAACAGAUCUGGGAUAUGAAACUCACUUAAAAGGUGCCCUGUGAAGUUUUCAUGUGAAAAAAAACAAAAGUUAUGUUUACAUUUAGUCUCACCGAAACGCAUUGGGGGGCGGGUUUUUUCCCCAAUACUUUUAAUACCACAAAGGUGUUAAGUGCAUUUUCUUCCUCUUGCAAAGAUGAUUUUUGGAAUAUUUUAAACGUAGCAGGCUUCUUCUUCACUGCCUGUUAUGGCAGGAUGAGAAAACCAUGAAAUAUUGUAAAAAUGAAGGGAGGAUAUAAAUCACCCUGCUCGCAUGGUUGCACAUAUUCAUGUAUGUCACGGGUCAAAAAAUGACUAAUUUUAAAAUUAUUGCUCCAUUGCGCAACUAGUGGUCAAAAACUUUACAGGGCAACUUUAAGUUUUCAAACAAAUAUUAAAAGCACCAAUGUGUUUGAAACACAUAAACAUAUAAAAUGAUAAUCUUUCAAUGCAGUUGAGUUUUUUGUACGCAGUUUAAACAUAUUUUUGACAUGCUGUAUGCACUGUAAACAUGUGUAUCCAUUUAAUGUGUGAGAGAGAAAGAGAAAAGUCUGCAAACAUCUGCAGGACAAAACAAAGUGAGUGUGUGUCGGUGGGUUGGAUGUCGGAGUAGAAGCAUAAUACUGGCAGAGUCAGAGGCUCAGCAGAGGAAAAUAUUUUCAGAAAAUGUUCUGCAUGUAGUCAAAAAAAUGUACGAAUUUUGGAAUGUGUGGACAUUUGGACUGCAUGAGCAGAUCACGGCUAUUUAAAUGGAUAAGCACCGAACAAUGAGGAAAUAAUGCAAACAAAUGUAGAGGACAGAUUACGACCAUCACUUUAUAUUUGAAGGGCAAUAAGAAAAAUGUUUUCUUUCUAUGAUGAUCAUGGGGGGGAAAAAAACAGGUGUACAACAUUCAGCCUAUUCUCCUUUAAAACGUGUCAGAUCUCCUAUUUUUCUAUCAAUCUCUAUUUUUGUACAGUUUGCGUUUGGCUGAUGCAGCAGGCAGAUUCAAAGCUGUGUAGUAUUUUGUGGUGUGAGUGCGCAAAUUUUGUGAUUUACUUUGGCUGCUGGAGAGCAGUGCGGGUGGACAUGCUAUGCUGAGAUGCGGAUUUAGCUUGUGUUCAUUGUAUGCAUACUCUGAGCUGUUUCAUGUGGGUUUUAUGUUGCUCUAAAGAGAUUGUUUCACUGUUCGACUUGUUUUUAAACUGCUGUCCUGUGCGGACAUGAAAAUAAUGAUCUGAUAAUUGUGUCCAAGUUGACGAACUUUGACUAUUAA